CCGCGAGUGAAACAGAAGCAGACACUGGGCAUUCCCCUGUGGUCACUCCAUUGUUCCAUUCGCUGAAAGUUCCCCCACUAAUUACCCCCCACUCCUGCAAUUACCUGCAAUCUCACGAGCAAGACAGAAAAAGGAAGAACUCCAGAAUCUGUCUUACCUUGGAGAAGUAGCUGAUCUCCAGCGAAGAAACCCCAACAAGACUGGGGGACAUAUACAGAUUCUCUUUUGGCGUCAUUCUCUGUUCCUCAUGCUAUCAAAAAUAUCUCCGCUCUUAUAAUUCACUGAGUCACUAUUUAAGACGCAACAUUUUUAUUAAGGCUCGAGGCUUUCUGGUGAACGGAGCCGUCGAAAAUGAUAAUAAACGCCAAGAUGUGGUGCCACGCUCUGGCAAUAUUCCUCUUCCUCGGGAGUACCACUGCAGAUCAGGAGGCUCCAGUAUUCAGUCAACAAUAUGUAGCUAAAGGAACACUUUACAUCCCCUAUGCGGAGAUCAGAGAGCCAUUUUAUGCUUGGUAUGAUGCACAGAGUCAAUCCAGUCGUAUUGACUAUUAUGGAGGAAUGGUCAAGACUUUUCAACUUGCCGAUCAGGGCGCGUUCGGUAUAAUGCUGAAACUUGCCCCUGUCACAACAGACACUGAGCUGAACGCUGAAAGAUGUAUGAAGGUCGAGGGUAGCAGUGAUGGACCAGUGGCAAUUCAAACGAUUGUCCCUGACACCCAUGGCAUGGAGUGCAUUGGCGAGGAGAUGGUUAACGGCUUCAUGAGCGAGAAAUGGCGACUAGUUGACAAAAUCGGCGAGAAAAACAACAAGUACACCCUGUGGAUCAGAUACAAGAAAUCGAUGACUGGAGCCAAAGAGCCCAUCCCCAUCAGAUACGAGAUGAGGGGAUUCAACACUCUGUUGGGAUCCCACUACGAUCAUUAUUAUAUCGAAUAUGACUGGUAUUCAUUUGAGACUCCAAGUGCUGAUGUUUUUAAGAUCGAAGCCAAUAUGACGUGUGGCAGCUUUCCAGGGCCUGGAAACAGGCACGUAGUGACCUUCAAUCCCAUCCGCGAAUUCAUUCACAACGACAACGAGCACGUGGACAUCGAGUUUGAUCAUUUCAGAAAGACUCACAACAAGGACUACUCCGUGGAUUACAAGGAACCUCAUCGUCGUAAGGAGAUUUUCAGGCAGAACUUGCGACUAAUUCACUCAACAAAUCGUGCCAAUUUGGGGUACCAGCUGGACGUCAAUCACUUGGCUGAUCGCACAGACACAGAGUUGCAGGCAUUGAGGGGAAAACAGUACACUGGGGUCCAGGAUAAAGGAGGCUUGCCUUUCCCCCAUGAUAUUCAAGAAGAUAUUAAAGAUGUUCCUGACAGUUUCGACUGGCGUCUCUACGGGGCUGUAACUCCAGUCAAAGAUCAAUCGGUCUGCGGCUCCUGCUGGAGUUUCGGUACGACAGGUGCUAUCGAAGGCGCGUACUUCUUGAAGUACAACAAAUUAGUGAGACUCUCCCAGCAAGCACUCAUCGACUGCUCCUGGGGAUACGGAAAUAACGGUUGUGAUGGCGGUGAGGACUUCAGGUCUUACGCAUUUGUAAUGAAACAUGGAGGUCUGCCAACGGAGGAGGACUAUGGAGGCUAUCUCGGUCAGGAUGCAUACUGUCACAUAGAUAAUGUCACACUUACAGCCAAGAUGACAGGAUUCGUCAAAGUAACACCUCAAAGUGUUGACGCUCUGAAGAUUGCCAUUGCCAAACAUGGGCCUGUCUCAGUUGCCAUUGACGCAGCCCACAAGACGUUUUCCUUCUACUCCCAUGGAGUUUUCUACGAAUCAGCCUGUGGAAAUGGCGAAGAAAAUCUGGAUCAUGCUGUACUCGCAGUGGGCUACGGUACGAUGAAUGGCCAGGACUACUGGCUCGUUAAGAACUCGUGGUCCAAUUACUGGGGCAAUGAUGGCUACAUCCUGAUGGCCCAGAAGGACAACAACUGCGGGGUACUCACUGCCCCGACGUACGCCGAAAUGGCAUAAAUCUAUAAAAUACUGAUAUGUUUUUCAUUCUCUUUACGUAGAUAAAUUCGUUUGAUUCGCCAGUUUGAAUCUAUUGAAAUGUGAGUUGGAAUAUGAAUUAAUGUUGGCUUUGUAAACUGCUAUUUUCUAUUUUAUAUGAUAAAUAAAUCUGCUUUUGAAUAAUA